UUACUAUAACUCAUAGAUGAUUAUUGGUUUCAUACCAAAUUAGUAAUUCUCUUACCAGAAAAUCGGACUCUAACUCUCAAAUUAUAAUCUUGGUUUAUUGGUUUGAAAGAGACAAAAGAUAAAAAAAAAAAAUAAAAAAAAAAAGAUAUGCAUUCCAUUGAAUACAUAUAAGAAAGCGGGUGAGAGCACCAAGUAGCUCUUGCUACCUAUUCAGUAUCUCAAAUAGUCAACGUGAACAUAGUUCAAUAGGAUAAGAUAAAUUCUCGACUAAAAGGUCAAUAUUUCAAAUUCCUCCAGCUUAGCGUGUUGACCUACUACUAAUACAAAUUUGUAAAGAGGAUAAAUAAAUGAGAGCGGAAAAGGAGAGGAGGAGGGUGAGGCAUCUUUGAGGAACUUUCCAAAAAGAAACAUUUGAAGUUGAAGCUUCCUAAGAGCAUCAGAUGUCCAAGGCUUUCAUAUUAUUCCAUUCCCCCAUGAAAACCAGUUCUUUAAAGUCAUCAGUCAGCUGGGUCCCCUACAAAACUUGACUCCCUCCUACAAUAGGUCAGCUCAGCUCUAUCUAAUCCCUCUCUCCCCUUCUUUUUCUAAUGGCUUUUUCAUGUGGUGGAAUUUCAAUCCUUUUCUUGUGUUUAAUAAGUUUCAGUGAUGAAAUGAAGAUGAAAAACACGGGAUUUGACUCAAGGAAAGUCACAGCAUUCAUAAGUGAAGAGAGAAAAUGAUGAAUUGUUCCACCACUAACCUCGAAGAGCCUUUCCCUUUCAAAUACCAUGACUUGAUUUAAACUCAGUCCCACUUCUUCGAUCUUCUGGCCGCCAUGGAAAAGCCACCAUCCAGCUUCUUCGUGAUAGGGUUUUCCAUUGUUGCAACCCUCACCCUCGCCUCCUUCGCGUCAUGUAUGGCUGCUGAAUUCAACAGAACAAGUAAAAAGGACCUGAAAUUGAACGGCAGAUUCUGCUUUCUGCCUGAAAGUGAAGCAUUCAAAUUGGGAGUCGCAGGUUUGAUCUGUUUAAUAAUGGCUCAAAUCAUUGGAAACACUAUAAUCUGCCAUAGCUAUUGGCCAAAGGAGAAUAGAAAGAGUUGCAGUGUCAAAAGGCCUCUCCUUUCAACCACCCUUCUCAUCUCUUGGGCCAGCUUUGGAAUUGCGGUGGUAAUGAUGAGUGGAGCCAUCAGCAUGAGCAGCAGACAAGAGUAUGGGAAGGGGUGGGUGGAAGGAGAAUGCUAUGUGGUGAAAGACCGAAUAUUUGUUGGCGCGGCCCUAUUGGUUCUCAUUAAUGGGGCCUCCACCAUAUCCUCCGCCGCCAUUGGAAGGAAGAGCCACCCUAAAGGGCCCACUCAAAUAAAUUCACAAAUUAGAUAACCACGAGAAGUUAAUAUACAUCACCCAAAUAUUUUUCCUUCUUUUUUUUCCUGUAUUUAUUCGAUCAUCAAUAAAGAAAAUCCCCCAAAUUGUUCAUAA